GGUGGGGAGCGGCCGGCCGUGCGCCUGCGCAGUGCACGUCCGGCUGCCCGGGCGCCCCCAGCCCCAGCGCAGCCGCCAUGGGGCCCCGCCGGCCGCCCGAGCUCUACCGGGCCCCGUUCCCGCUCUACGCGCUGCAGAUCCACCCGCGCGGGCUCGCCCUGGCGGCGGGGGGCGGCGGCGCGGCCCGGACCGGCGUCAGGAACGGCCUGCAUUUCCUCCAGCUGGAGCAGAUUGGCGGCCAGCUCAGCGCCUCGCUGCUGCACUCCCAUGACACAGAGACCCGGGCCACCAUGAGCAUGGCGCUGGCGGGCGACGUCAUCGCGGCAGGGCAGGACGCCAGCUGCCACAUUCUCCGCUUCCGCCUGCAGGGGCCCGACGAGAAAACCGACAACAGCGCCGCCAGCAAGGCAGGUGGUGCGGAGAAGGGCCCCCGCAAGCGGAAGGCCCCCGCCCCCUCUGAGAAGGGCGAGGGCGACACGAGGAGCGAGGCGGGCGAGGUGGCAGUGGAGACGCUGUGCAGCGUGCAGACGGACUUCAGCCCCGACGCGCUGCAGAAAGCCGUGCGUGUCAGCGCCGACCAUUCGCUGCUGGCCACGGGCGGUGCCGACGGCUUCCUCCGAGUCUGGGAGUUCCCCAGCAUGAAGAAGGUGCUGGAGUUCAAAGCCCAUGACGGGGAGAUUGAGGACAUUGCGCUAGGUCCCGAGAACAAGGUGGUGACGGCGGGCCGGGAUUUCCAGUGCUGCGUGUGGCAGAGGGACCAGCUGGUGCUGCGGCUGCGCUGGGAUGAGAACAUGCCGGGCGUCCCUGACAAGACCUACCGCUACCAGGCCUGCAGGUUCGGGACGGUGCCGGACCAGGCGGAGGCGCUGCGACUCUACACGGUGCAGGUGCCCCACAAGCGCGGGCGCCGCCCCCCGCCCUGCUACCUCACCAAGUGGGACGGAAAAAGCUUCCUGCCGCUGCUCACCCAGCCCUGCGGGGGCGAGGUCGUCUCCUGCCUCUCUGUCAGUGACUCGGGCACGUUCCUGGGGCUGGGCACUGUGACGGGCUCGGUUGCCAUUCAUGUCUCCUUCUCGCUGCAGAGGCUGUACUACGUGAAGGAGGCGCAUGGCAUCGUGGUGACGGACGUGGCCUUCCUGCCUGAGAGCCGGCGGGGCCGGGAGCUGCUGGCCGAGAACGAGGCUGCCCUGCUCAGCGUGGCCGUGGACAGCCGCUGCAAGCUGCACCUGCUACCCCCCAGGCGCAGCUUCCCCGUGUGGCUGCUGCUGCUGCUCUGCGCUGGCCUGGUGGUGGCCACCAUCCUGCUGCUGCAGCUGGCCUUCCCCGGCUUCCUGUAGGUGUGAGGAGCCCUGCGGGGACAGCGAGAGACUCUGCCUCUGCCUGGGGCACCUCGGGCCCUCGCCUGCCUGGUCCGGCCCGGCUCUGCCCCCAGGACAAUGUGAAGCAGCUCAGAGACCUGCAGCCCCCCACGCCGGGUGCUCCUGCUCAGGGCCUGCCCGUGGUGGGGAUGUGUGCGCUGGGCGUCUCCCUGCAUGGGACGGGCGCUGCCUGAGCUCGGGGGAACGGUGAGAUGCUCUGGGUGGGGGAGAGCCCAGUCUGUGCCAGUCGCCCCAUGACGCCC